CAUAUAUAGUUACACUUUGAACCUCACACUUUAAGAGUUUUACAGAACAAUAAGCCAUGAGUUUUCUCGCGGGAAGAUUAGCCGGGAAAGAAGGAGCCUACUUCUUCCAGGAAUCCAAACAGGCCGUUGGCCGUCUCGUAUCCCAGAAGAAGCUCCCGUCGUCGCCUCCGUCGGCGACUGAGCACGAAUCCCAAGCCGACGUGCUUCCCGAGGUGCUGAGGCACUCUUUGCCCCCCAAAAUUUUCCAUCAACAGGCUGAAACGGCGUCGUCUCUGGACACAGCUUCCAAAUGGGUUCUUAAAUCUGAGUCCAAGAAUGGGUAUUUCAUCUCUUCUCAGGCUCUUAACCCUCUCAGGGAUUUUGUGUCCCUGCCCCAGGUCACUUUUGGCCCCAAAAGGUGGCAACUGCCGGAAUCAGAAAACUCGAUUUCAGCCUCAACAGCUAAUGAAUUGCGUCGAGACAGGCACCCUACCCCCAUUAAUCCUGAAAAGUUGAAGGCUGCAGCUGAAGGGCUUACGCGAAUUGGGGCAGCAUUCGCUAUUGCAACUGCAAUAGUUUUUGGUGGUGCCACCUUGGUAUUUGGAUUGGCUGUCUCAAGGCUACAGGUGCAGAAUAGUGAUGACAUCCGAACAAAAGGGAAAGAACUGGUGGAGCCAAAAUUUGAAGGGAUUCGUGAGCAGCUGGUUCCCUUAAAGGCUUGGGUUGAAAACAUGACAAGGAAAUGGCACCUGGAAAAGCAGGAAGAUGUAAAGGAGAAGCCUCUUGUAAAGGCGCUCUCUAAAAUGUUUGCUGCAAAGACAUCCAACUGAUAAUAAUUGUUAUUUACUUUUUUACUUAGGUUUCUUGUUCUAAUUUGUGUAAAUAGUUAAUAGUGGUGGUGCUGAAUAAGUGAAAGUAAUAGGAAUAAAUGAAUAAUGCUCAUGAAUAGAUGAGGAGCAUGAUGUUGUUGUAAAAGUGAUAUUAGUGGCCUAUAUAUAUAUAUCUGGUUUGCGUGUUGUAAUAAGAUUAGAAUUUCUUUAGUCUUUGCUGAGGAAUUUUUUUCUUACCCGGGUUUGUGAGAAGCCAUUUACUUGUAAAUUGUAAUAGAAAUCACUUCUAACCCAACAGAAAGAUGAAUGGUGAUUCAAA